AUGCCUUUUUCAGAUUAUAAUGAAAAAGAGCCACAUUAUAAGUAUGCACCGUCAUUUGAGGAUUGGGACAAGAUUGAGAAGGUUUGUAAUCUUUUGGAGGUUUUUAAUGAUGCCACUCAUGUCAUCUCAGGUAGUGAUUACCCUACUUCUAACUUGUAUCUUGCUGAAAUUCAAAGGGUGAAAAAGGUUAUUGAUAAUGCAGCUGAGUGUUUUGACAUGUUCAUGAGUGAGAUGGCAAAACCUAUGAAAGCAAAAUUUGACAAAUAUUGGGGGGAGUGCAAUUUGUUAAUGUGUAUUGCAUGUGUUUUAGAUCCAAGGAUGAAAUUAAAUGGUAUUAAGAUAACUUUUCCCUUAUUGUGUAAAACACCAAGUGAUGUUGAAAAGAACGUGGACAAGGUGAAAAAGGCAUUAGAAGAUUUAUAUCUUGAUCAUGUGAACUUGUAUAGUCAAGAUGCUUCUUCUACUAGUGGACAUAGUGAAGUCAAUAUUGAAAGCAGCACUCUGGUUGAUGGUGGACAACAAAUGGAUAAAGGGAUGCAAGAAUUAUUGAGUAUGGUCUACGAAAGUCAAUCAAUUUCUCUUACGAAAUCAGAGUUGGAGACUUAUCUUGAGAAAAAUCUUUUUAUUCCUUCUUCUACUUCAUCCUUUUGUGCCUUGGCGUGGUGGAAAAAUAAUAGUCCAAAGUUCAAAGUUUUAUCAAAGAUGGCUUCUAAUAUACUAGCUGUUCCUAUUUCAAGUGUGGCAUUUGAAUCCACAUUUAGUGCCGGGGGGAAGAGUCAUUGA